UGCAAUCAAAAAGUAGCGAAAUCGUGAACGUGAGUGAAUAAAUGUGUGUGUCAAGUUCGCGAGCUGCUUGUCGACUUUAUUGAACCAACUUUAUUGAACCAACACAGAUCAUCACGGGUGGGAACAGAACAAUUUCCUGCGUUGACAAGGUAGGCGGGGUACUGAAGACAGAGACGAUCGCCUUUCUGUUUUGAGUGCUAAUUGUUCCGACUUCACACUCAGUGUCAUCAUUCGCAGACUCGACUCGAUAGUCUUGCUGCCGCUCGUUUAACUUUAGGGGGCAGCUAAAUAAAGACAACUCGGGAAUUAGGGACAACAGAACUUUUGCGACGUGAGAUCUUUUUUGUUGUUGAGGAGGAGCUUCACGCGGAUUGAUGACUCCGUCGCUUGGCGGCUGGAUGAAAACGCGCGAAAAGAAGGGACCACAAAUUAUUUAGUCAUCGCGAUUACUCGAUGGAUGUGAACUUUACGUUAUCGUCUGCUUUACGAAUCGCUUCUUAGGUCGUGUCUUAUUUGUUUUUAACGCUCGGAUUGCGCUGCAUUAUGACUCCAUAUCUGUGAUAAUUACAGCACAAUGACAAAUAGUAUGUAAUCAAUGAGUAUUGUUUUUUUUUUCGAGUAUGGCUGGGAUCUGUUAAUGCCAAUCAUUGUCGUUUACUAGCAUGACUGGAAUGUGACAGUUUAUUUGACAGCUACCUCGCUCCUUCACUUCAAAUCUUCGGAAUUUCGGAACCCUACAGUUCGCUUGGCGGCCCCCACUGCUACUGAAAAUUAGGCCUACCCGUCACUCUUGGAUCAUGAAUAAAGGUACGAGGACGUCUUUAUUAGGACCUAAGUAUAAUAUGUUGUGAGUUAUGUGUCAAUUACGAUAGGCGGAAAAUGAACGUACUGUAACAUACAUCGGAACUUCGUUAGUAGCCCCAGCGGUUGUUUAAUGGCUCGUCCGUAACUUUGAUUAAACCACUGACAUGAUUGACAUCUAGAACAAAUUCCCUUGCCGCUAAGCGAAUUUCCUGUCUUCAAGUUCUACGAAAAACCCUACGAAGAACAAUAUGAAGUAAUGCUUCGUUAUCAAGACAAGAAUGCCAAAUUUGCCUUUAUGUUUUAUUUACUUUGAAUAAUUUUCUUGUGAAUAAACUUAAUAAAUUUAAUUUGUUUUACUCAAAGACUGCAGCAUUGGGUUCGUGCUUUACCGUUUCAGAACUUGAUUUUAAUGGGUCUAUAUCUGUAUGGAUGUAUUCCAAGCUCUCUUCACUGAAGUGCAAAUUUAACAAUUUUAUGGACUUAUUUUGAAACACAAGCUUUCGUCAUCUUAAAAAAUGGAAAACAAUAGUCGGAGCGUUGACGGUGACUUGGAAAACCUCGUCAUCAAAAUGGACGACGUAGAGGAUGCCGAUCGCGAAGUCGUAAAAGACUGCUACGACGAUCUCGACGAUGAUGACGUCGACGAUAUGGUGCCUGGACCUACCCCAAUCAGUACUAACAGCACCAGGCUUGAGAUCAACCAGCACGACCACGACUGUAUACCAGUUGAGAAAAUUGGGAGUUACACGGACAUGAUUUUCGCUCUGUGUUUGACAGCCUUGAUAUUUCCGUUAGCAACUUCAACAAACCAUUACGAAGUGGCAGAGGAUUUAAGAGACAUCCUUGCACAGGAGUUUGCCAACAUCGUGGUUUACGUAGGCUCAUACAUCAUGCUUCUUUCUGUGUGGCAGCAACACUGUUGGGUUUUUGCCGGCUUUGAACAGAUAGGGGAUACAAUCUCCAUCCUUAACGUGGUGUUCCUGCUCUGUGUAACUUCACUGCCUUACUUUGCAUCUUUUACAGCCUCUCACCGGAGUACUCCUCUGUCCAUUCAGCUGUUUGCAUUCAGUCUUAUGCUGAUUGGUCUCACAAUGGCUGUGAUUGUGGCUUUCGCAUACAGAAAGAAAAAGAUGCUGAUCCGUGAGUUCCGUCAGAGAAGAUAUAAACCUUCUCUGGUUGAAUAUUUGCUAGCCUUCGGGCUUCACUCAUUAUUCUCAGCAUUAGCAGUAGCUGUGUCAAGACAGAGUGUCCUCGCAUCUUAUAUCUUCCUGAUGUUUGUAAUAUUUUCCGGGUAUUGUUCAGCGUUCUUCAUGGCACUUUACAAGUACUUGUUCGUUGGUUCAAAGCCCCAUCGUAAGUUAUGGAGGCAGUUUUGGACUCGGCUCUCCGCCCGACCACUCCCCAAGAUGAGAAUCAUAGCUCUCAUGGACGGAGUGUUUGCAGUGGUUGGUAUGCUCAUUUUGCUGAACCUCAUAGGCGAGAUGGCGCCUCAUCACAAACUCGAUGCGGCAAAAAGUUCUCGGCCCCUCGACUCACGACUCAAGGUGAUCCUGUAUCAAGAGAGAGAGAUUCUCUUAGCACACGGUGCGGCCUUUGUUUCUACAGGAAUGAUGUGGUAUAUACACACCAUGAUUUCAAAUCAAGUACCAACGAUUAGUAGAUACAUGCGGAUUGCCUUACAGUUGAUGAUGAUGUGUCUGGGUCUAACACCUUACAGCUUUAGACUCCUCAUCAGGUAUUCAAGAACAGCACGAGAGGAGGGGUCGUUAAGUGAGAACGAGGACACCACAAUCAUGUUCCACUGUGGUCUUCUGAUCUGCGCAUCAGGUAUGCAACUCAUCUACUGGAUUUCAGCUCAUUGGAAAAGGCAUAAGCAUCGUAUUCAUCACCACUUUGGAAUACACCAUGUCAAAGCUUUGACCUUACUGCUCGUCUUCCCCAUACUCAAUUUGACGUUGUUUCUUCUGGUCUUGAAACCGGGUACAGUGACAUCCAUGACAGUAUGGAGAGUCCAAACGGGUUCCGUGCUUAUUUUCCUCGCCGUCAAAAUGGUGUUCGAGAUUUACACUCAUGUCUCGAGACGAGGUCCACCGACGAAGUUUGAAUCACAGACAUCACGAGAUGAGGAUCUGGUCAAACUCGAAAGCAAGACAUGUACCUGUGACCGUGUUGCCUUAAGGAAAGACAAGAAGAGCAUCAAAGACGUGACGCGAACUUCAGGCAUUGCUGUCAUCUUCCAAGACAACGAAGAAACAUAGGAAUGACGUCAUCGUGACGGAGGGAAAAGGGGAUUCCCUGUCCAUCUUCAGCGAGAAAAGUGUCAGACUCUUGAUGGUGAUGAUGCAAAUGUGAUAAUGACGUUACCCUAGCUACGAAUUAACACUAUUGUGUGACUUCAAUUAUGUCUUUGAUGUACCGUGGACACUGUGGUAGUUUUUGUGACGUCACCUAGCUGCAGGGAAGGUCCCAGUGACGUCACUAAUCAGACCCAAAACCAAGCCCUAACUUGGACCUGAACUUGUCCUUGUUUGUAGGAUUUAUGACGCUUUGUCUCAGGUGUAGAUCGGAUACAGCUGAUUAUGGCAAUAGACACAAGGGAGCAAAGAUCUUAUAUUAUGGCUUUCCGAAUCUUUUUUUAUUUUUAUUGAACUCUUUGCAUCUUUGAAGAAUGCACAGUAUUCAAACUGGAUUCUCAGGGCGAAUUGGAGAUUGAAAACGAGUCAGACUAUAGGUUUGGAAUCGGAGGAACCUGCAAGUGGAGGAAGAGCGUCAUCGCGGAUUUGUGCUUGAGUGGGAGGUAAUAUGAUUCCCCAAUCACGCCGACAAGACCGGCAUCAGCGCCUUAAGUAUCCCCUGGAAUGGAUAUGUGCGCCAUAUAAAAGUAACUUUUUAUAUUAUCAUCAUGACAUUAUUUGCUAAUUAUUAAUAAGAGUGUUUGUUAGCACAAUGCUAAUUCAAAUGUGGGUAAUUAAUUGUUAUCUGUAAAAAAGGAAGAAAAAAACUAGCGCGAUCUCUCUCCAUAACAGAUCGAUGUGCAUCAUUCCAUCACGUUAUGGUGAAGUAAUAGGAAAAAAAGAAUCACAAAAGGCAGGCAUAUUGUACCACUGUUGACUUAAAUCUAAAUCAUAGCCUAUAAUAUACACGAAUGGAAAAUUUCAGAGGGAUUGUGGAGAGUAUACCAUGUUAAGGGUCUUGACUCCAGUUUCACAUAUGCAAUAAUGUAUUGUAACAAUGUUUUAACAUCAUCAAAACAUGCUUAUAGCUUUUUUAUGCUAAAACGUGAACUAUGAGUGUUUUUUUGUUUGUUUUUGUUUACCUGAAUGCUAAUAAAUACCUGUAUGCUUGAAAGUAGCAAACCAGAAGGCUGAUAGCUUUAAAUCUUUACCGAUGGACUUGGUAAUGACGAUUAGUACCUUGCCAUAGGGCACUAAACACGUACAUGUAUGCAACUAUUUUUGAGAAGUCAACCUGAGGUAAUUUCAAUGGCCUUGUACGUCCCCUCCUGUAAUGAGCGUAUUAUGGUGUAAGAAUAUGAUCCAAGUCCCACCGCGGCAAGACAUUGAUCUACAUUUGCCACUCUCCACCCAGGUGUUAAAUGGGUACCC